AUGAAACAAAUCACAUUCACAGUAGGCUUGUGGAAAAUGUCGGAGAUGGCGGUUGCUUGUAAUAUCUGUGGCUCAUCUUACACAUUACCUGAAGAUGAAGAUGGGGGGAAUCUCCCUCAUGUGCUGUUGUGCAGUCAUAUUUUCUGCAGCACGUGCCUGCGCGCGCUCAAAUCCCCGCAAAACGUCAUCACAUGUCCCGAGUGUCAGAUGGACACCAGAAUAGAGGAAGGAGUUGAUGGUUUGGAGGUGGACAGCAGAAUCAUUGGCCUCAUCUAUACAGCACGGAUGAACGCAAAGAAAGGCAGGCACUCUGGAGACAGGUGUAAAUCUCAAAGGUUUAAGAGCCCACCGCCAUCACCAGCCAUCCACACACAGGAUAAUGCUGAAGGGAGGCCAGAUGUUGUUAAAGUUUUGGAUGAAGCUCUUGGGAAAGCAACAGAAAACCUCAGUCAACUUGAUAAACUUCAAAAGACUCUUUCCAGUGGUAUUCAUGCCCAACUGAGGAAAGAGAGAACUCGAAUAAUCAGAGAAAUUGAUGAAGCUGUUGACAAAGCAAAGAGUAUUCUGCAGAAAAGACGGAGUAUGUUGAUGUCAAAAUUGAGUGAUGUGGAUCUACUCUUCACGGAUGGUCAAAAUGAAUGUAAGCGAAUAGAAGAGAGGAUAAAGGAGCUGAAAACAGCCAUCCAGAAAGCUUGGCAUGUUCGAAGGGUUCCUUCUCUGGAGACGUAUUGCAACCUUGAUAAGAUUGUGGAGACACUACACAUUCCCGUGGAUGCUGAAUCAUAUGACAUGAGCUCUAUGUCUCUGCAUACAGGACUCCGCUGCAGUCUUCAAAUGGACAGUUUUGUUGACAGUUUGAGGAACUGUCUUAAAAUUACAGAUAACAGUGAUGACUGUAUUUUAGAAGAAGUUAAAGUGGAGCCUUUUCAACACAUUGUGAAAAAUGGUGGUGUGGCGAUCUGGGAUAGCUCCAGUCAGUCUGUUAGAGGAAAUGCAGACCCCAUUCCCAAAAAGAAAAGCCCUUGCAGGCCAAGAUUCAUAGAGGAAACGUUGGACGAUACAGACACCUCGGAGAUACCUGAAACAGCUCAUAGUUCCCCAGGACCUGAACAAAGGCACAAUGGGAGGCACAAAGAACUUAGAAGACCUUGCAAGCAGCAUUUUGAUAGGCCCUUAACUCCACAGACUAAACUGGUGCACUACGUUAUGGUGACUCAUAUUGUGAACCCUGGAAAUUUCUAUGUACGCUAUAUGAUGGAAAGAAAAACUGGCCUAAAGUUGACCAAAAAGGUCAACGAAUUCUGCUCCGGAGACAGUAGCCUCUUCACGUUCAGUGAUGAAAUCAAGACAGGCGAUAUGCUCUUUAUCUAUUGGAAGGAGGAUAUGUGGUGUAGAGUAACAGUGACUGAGCUCUUUCAAAAAGAGUGUUUCCAGAGUGUGAACAAAUGCCUUGCAACAGAAGUCUCCCGUCUGUGUGUCUACUUCCAGGACUUUGGCUUCUCCAAGGGCAUUUCGAUUCCAAGUGAUGGAGAUUUAAGCAUCUUGAAUGAGUGUCUGCGGAGACCUGAUGCUUCAGCUCUGGCUCAAAUGAAUGGCUGGGCUCCUCUGGCCAUCAAAUGCUCCCUUAAAGAUAUUAUUCCUGCAGACUUGCUGAGAGGGUGGAGUUCAGAGGCAGUUGACGAGAUGAAGAGCCUGCUGGGAACUGAGGCUGUGGAGAUGCAGGUGUUUGGGGAGGAAGGAGACGCACUGUUAGUGGAUCUGAAGAAAACACCAAUGGUGUCUCUGCGAGAGCACCUGGUGUUCAUGGGGCAGGCCAGAUUCUACUCUCCUAUAGUCGCCCCUGGCAGUGCACCCCUGCUCUUCUACCCAUCAGUUCGCCCUGCACUCAAUACUGAGGUCAAAUCUAUGGUUUCUCAUGUGAACACACCGUCAGACUUCUAUGUACAACUAGUUGAAAAUAUGGAGUACCUGCUGUUGCACUCAAAGCUCCAGGACUGUUACAGUCGUCCCCAGGCAAACAGUGAGUUCCAGAUCUACUGCCCUUCUCUCUCACAGGCCUGCGUCGCUGGCUAUGACCACGAAUGGUGCAGGGUUCAAGUCAUAGGUUUCCCUGGUGGUAGGAUGGUUGAGGUUCGGUAUGUGGACUUUGGCUACAGAAAGACUCUCUCUGUGAAAGAUCUGAGACAGAUAAAGGAUGAGUUCUUUGCUUUGCCAGAAAUGGCCAUGUGGUGCAGUCUGAAUGAUGUGGUCAGUCCACAGGAAACAUGGAGUGAUGAAGCCUGUGUUGUAUUCAAGGAUCUUGUGGAGCAUAAACUUAUCACUGUUGUCGCAAAAAAGCUUGUGUCCGACACUAGACCUGUACCUGUGUGUCUGUAUGAGAUUGGUGAAGAUUGCACUGGAGACAGUAUUGGAGAUAUACUGGUUAGAAAUGGUCUCGCUGUUUCUAUUAAACAGAGCCAGAUUAAAGAUGCCCAGCCCAUGGAGACGACAGUGUGGGACCCUCCAUUUGAAGAGGAGCCUCUGUCUGUUGUUCUGACUCCUCCUCCUCCUCCUCCUCCUGUUGCUGAAAAGCUGAAGCCCAAUCUAAUUCUGCCCACAUGCGUCAAAGAUAUCGAAGUUCGUGUGACACUUGUCACCUCUCCUGGAAACAUCUAUGUGCAGCUGCUGCAGUUUGACGACCAGCUGAAGAGAAUCCACGACACACUGAAGAGUCUCUUCUCGAAGUCAGAGCCACAAGAGAUGCUCUGGGAAGCAGAGAUGUUCUGUGCUGCCAACAACACCGGGGUUUGGGAAAGAGGAAAAGUGUGCAGUGUGUCCACUAAUGGUGUUGCAGAGGUUUUGCGUUGUGACUUUGGCAAUAAAGUCAAAGUUCAUGUAAACAAUCUCAGACCACUCAGUCCUGAUCUGAUCGGAUCCUUCUUACUCGAAUGUAACCUCAGUGGUGUAAGGCCAGCUGGUGGUCGCUCCGCUUGGACAGCCACGGCGUGUGACUUCAUCUCUCACUACUUGACUGGUGCCAUGGCUGUAAUGAACAUAAAGGACCCAUCCGCCAGGCCAGUGCUGGUGUCUCUGUUCUGUUCAAACCGUGCUGGUCAAAACGUCAGUUUCGCCGAUUUCCUCAUCAGUGAAGGACUUGCUCUAAAGGAGAGAAAGGCUGCUCCCAUAUCCGAAACAGUCUUCUCAGAGCAGUGUGUGUUGAGUGAGAAGAUUCCUGAGCCACAGAGAAUCACAAGCCUUCCUCAGACACCACCCACACCCAGCCCUCGAAUCAACCCACCACCAGAGAGAGUGCAGACACACUCAUACCCCCCUCCAGAGCUGCCUCCCUGUGGACACACGCUCAUGAACAUCUCGGCCAUCUCCGAACAAGGUGUCAUUUACGCAAUGACAUACCAAGCAGUGUGCGAGUUUGAUCGCUUACGGGAGCGGCUGCAACAGCACAUUAAAACCCUGCCAAGACCGAAGAACUACAACUGGAAAGGAGUUUUGGGAUGUGCUGUCAUGGGAACCGACAUGUUCUGGUACAGAGGUCAGGUGCAGGAGGUCAUUGGAGGACACGUGAAGGUCCAAUAUGUGGAUCAGGGACUUGUGGAGAGUAUCCCGGUUUGUCAUGUGUACCCCAUGGUUCUCUGUGAGGAUGUGCCGCAGCUCUGUGUGCCCUGUCAGAUAAAUGGAGUCAUACCGAUUGGGAAGGGCUGGCAGUGGGAUGCUGUGGUGCUCAUGAAGGAGUUGCUACUUGGGCGUUCAGUCUAUGUCCACAUUAUUGAGCCCCCAGAGGAUCCGCGUGGCUGUGUAAAGGUUGAGAUCACGGUGGAUGGAAUGGCGCUUAGCAAGAUAAUGGUGCAUCACCAAUAUGCCAGUUUUGAUCCUGCCAUCAUCAGUCAGGAGGAUUAUGUUGUUAAGCCUCUUGUCCCUGAUUUGGAUGACUGGGACCUAAACACAGAGGGGUUGGAGGAGCCCCAGCCUGUAUUUGGGAUUUAUAAAGAACUCCAGAUUCCUAAAGGAAGAGCACAUUUCCCUGCCAAGGUCAAGCAUAUCCGCACCCCAAAUGAGGUGUUCCUGUGUGUGUUGGAUAAGUGUGAACAGGAGCAGGAAGAGAGUUUGGAGGAAGCUCUUGAGCGUGUGAAUGAGAAUAUAGAAAAUCUGAGCCUGCUGACAGACUUCCCCAUUGAGUGUCCCUGUCUGGCCGAGUACAGCGAUGGUAAAUAUUAUCGUGCGAAGUUACUGGGUUUUUCUCAACUCACUCCUUCUGUGAAGCUCCUUGUGAGACAUGUGGAUUUUGGUUCAGAUGACAUCUUACUAACACAAAAAUUGCGGCAACUCCCUGCAUCCCUUCAUCAUUUCCCAUGUGCAGCAGUUUAUGUGAAGUUAGCAGGCUUCAGACCAACAGAUGUGUGUUUGGAGUCGGAGAGGAUACCUUACCGGCCUGAGUGGAGUAUGAGAGCCAUGAUGGAGAUGAUCAACCUGUUGAACGGAGAGCUCACUGCAGUGCUCACUGCAACUGAACCACAGCUGACUGUGCUGUUAUACAAUGCAGAAGGGACACUCGUCCACAGACCUCUUGUGGAGAAAGGCCUCGCUAAUUAUGCAUAAAUCUUGUAAAGGUUGUGUCAGUGAUGCUGGAGAUUUCAAAGAAGCUUCUGAGACAGCAAAACAUUUUAUGUUGAAGUUGUCUAAUGCUUGGGGUUUUAUGCUACUUUUGUGUGCAUGCAUUUUAUGUUAAAACAUUUUGUUUUGUUUGUGCAGCUAUGCCUAGUUUUAUGUUAAAUAUUUGUAUUGUUCAAGUUCAAAGCUGCUUUAAAGUAGCAAUAAUAUUUUGUUAAUAUAAUGUAUAUUUGUUGAGCAGAGCUGAAGUAAAACUGUUGUAGACUCUGACUUAUGUUUUUUUGGAUCAAAUCAUAAUUUACUUUUUGAAAUCUUGGUUGUUAUCAAUAAUAGCAGACUUCACCAAUCAAUGCACUUUUUCCUUCAGACCACUACAGGAAGUAUUCUGCAGAACCUUUCACAAUUCAUCAGCAGACCUGCCAACCUGUGUGCGUUUUGCUUAGUGGCUACAGUACGUAUUUGACCUCAAAGUACGCUGGUACGAUUUGUCACCCUAAACUACGUGAAAAAUCUAGAGACACCUCUGUCCAUGUGCAGUAUUUAAAAGUAGCAACAGAAAAAGAUGAAUUCAACCAAUCUGAGUGCUUUUUUUAUUUAAUGAUUUCUGCAUUGAAUUUCUCGUAGUAGCCUAUGGUUUAUAGUUGAUGUUAAAAGCGGAUGUUGUCCUAACCAACCGUCAGAUGCUCUGGCAGAAGCAUCUGCGUGUGAGGCUGACCGAAAUCUGCGGUUUAAUGUGUUUGAGAUGUGCUGUUUUCAUAAUGCAUAACUUACAUUUUUUAACACUUACAUUACAGGUUUAUGAUCCAUCUGUAGAUGUAAAAAAAAAAAGCCAUGGAAAUAUUUCCAUUUUGCUGUCAGAAGUGCAUGAGCUUUUGCUUUGCGAUUCUUCACUAAACUCCACAGACUUCAUUUCGAACAAGCAGACCAUAAAUGUGAAUUUUAUUUGUUUGCUCAUGAAGAAUUUUAAACCUACAAAUAAGUUUAUUCGAAAGUGACGUGGCCAAGUAUGCCCUGAAUUUGUGCUCUGCAUUCAACCCAUUUAAAGUGAACACGCACACAUCGUGAACACACACCUGGAGCAGUGGGCAGCCAUUUAUGCUGCGGUGCCCCGGGAGCAGAUGGGGUUCUGUGCCUUGCUCAAGGGACCUCAGUCAUAGUAUUGAAGGUUGAAGAGAGUGCUGUACAUUCACCAUACCACCCCCACUCCCCUACAAUCCCUGCCGGCAUGAGACCCACAAUCUCUGGGUUACAAGUCUGACUCUGUAACCAUUAGGCCACGACUUCCCUGUUUGUGUGAUAGCACUAACUGUAAAGUGUAAAAUGUUUUACUUUUUCAUUUUUAGUUUAGUAACUUUUGCUUUAAAAUUAUUUUUGUUUUUAGAUUGCAAUGUUACAACGUAAUGUGAUUUUAAUGCUUUCUUCGCACAUAAUAUAUGCAUACAUGCUUACAUUCACUUUGUUUGAUCCAAAUACAAAAUACAGAGGUAUAGGCUAGUGUAUACUGCAAAUCAGACGAAAAAUACAAAGAUAUACAUUUUUGCUCAUCACCCAGCCCUAUACUGGGCGAUAUGUGUACUGGAGAUUUUUAUGUGUGUGUGUGUGUGUGUAUAUAUAUAUAUAUAUAUAUAUAUAUAUAAUAUAGGCCUAGCUAAAUUAAUAAAUGGCAAAAAUUUACUAAACAGUUAUGGUAAAUUGGAAAAUACAGUAAAUGGUUCAUGUUUAACAAUGUUUUCCUAAUAAAAGGCCUUUAAAAGUUUUAAAUUCAGAUUUUAAAUAUUUUUGGUCACAUUACCACUAAAAUAUCUCAAGUCUGACAGACCUAAAGACUGUUUACAAUCAUUGGACAGACCAGGGGCAGCAUUUCCCUAUGAUAGUUGCGGCAAAACCCACAAUGAAUAUAAUGAUAUUGUAAGGAAUUGUGUGCUUCUAAUUUUAUAGCAACGAGCUGAACACCUCUGGUGUGACUUUAAAUACAGACCUUGACUCAUCAGAAAACUCAUCACCAAUGACCUGUACAAUACAAUACUCUUGCAUCAAAUAUUGAAAUGCAGUUUUUAAAUGCACGAAUUGUGUUUUCAUCUUGUUUGCCAGUUUUGGAAGUGCCUUCUUCUGUUCUAAAGAAGCGGGUGUAGCAAUACUUCUGUCUGUAUAGUGAGUUUUGGUUCAAGGUCUGCAUUUAAAGUCACACCAGAGGUGUUCAUUUGGGAUUAGGACUUGGCUUUCUGCAGACCAGUCAAGUUCUUCCACACUAACUGAAUCAAUCAUUUCUCUUUGAAUCUUGCCUUCUAUACAGAGGCGCUGUCAUGUUGGAAUAGAAAAGGAUCCUGUCCAAACUGUAGCUAUAAAAUGAAAAGCCCAUAAUACCUUACAAUAUCAUCAUUACAUGCUUGAACACUGAGAUUCAUCCUCAC